CAAUGCCUCGCCCUGGUCUGGAGGAGGCUCUGCGUUGCCCGGAUGUCUGUCAAAGUGCUCGGGCAGGACUCCUCCACCGGAGUCGACAGAGAGAGAGAGAGAGAGAGAGAGAGAGAGAGAGGCUGAGCUCAGGAAGCGAGUGCUACUGUUUAGCCUUUUGGAGAGGAAGCCAGGCAAAGGGAGGCGAGAAGGACGAAGCCUUGGAGAGAGAGCGCUGCUUCCCCGGGGAAGGCCAAUGGAGGAGAAGUUUUGGGGUCUGGGCGGCGGGUAGGGCAAGGGCGCCCCAAAGGCUGCUGAUGGACCAGAGGCGCCCACUUUGCUAACUUCACUAUGGCCGCCCAGUCAAGCUUGUACAAUGAACAGAGGAAUUUGCUCCGCAUCCAAGCAAAAGAGAGAAGGAAUCAGGAAGCUCAUCAAGAAAGAGAGACGUUCCCCGCAGCCAUUCCCCUCUUUGAAAAACCUUACAAGAUACACAAAGCAGACGAGCUAUCCAAUCGAAUUCAAAAAAUGUUUGGCGAUUAUGAAGAGAUGAAGGAGCUCAUUGCUGCCAAGUCCCCGCAGAAUUACAUAGGGAUCCCGGAGAGUGUCAUGUCUCUGAUCCCUCCGCACAAGCCAGACCGCCCGCUCUUCCCCGAAAAGACCACCAGCGUACUGCCCCCCUCAUUCCAGAACAACAGCUAUCACCACAAGCCCUUGGGGCCCCUUCCUUCCAGCGCUCCUCCAGCAGGAAACUCUGUGCACUACCAAAAAGCCCACUCAAGGACUGAACCAGCCUCACAAAGUGGGGGGAUGCCCAGCCACCAGAGGCAAAGUCAACAGCUCAGCUGCAAGACUCAAGAAAUCCCAAGUAGCAGGCGCCAGCAGAAGAACGAAAGAUGCAUGGAUGAAGAUAUCACACGGGAGGUGCAAGCCUCCCUUUUGCAUCUUUCCCCCCUGUUGUCCACGUUAUCUUCCCCUAUUGCACCUUUGUCGCCUCUACAUUCCGGACAGCGUCUCAAUUCCAGGCCUCAGAGUAGUAGCAGCAACACCAGCAAAAAACCUGGGCAGAAAAGCUCUCCUCCUCAAGAGCCGGUGGCUGGAACACGUGAUAAUGAAACCCAGGACAGCGUGAGUGCUGCUGUGACUGUUGCUGCCCAGCCUUCCUCCCAGACAUUUCCCUCAUCCUUGUCCUCCAAAAGCAGUGCAAUAAUACAGCAGAAACCGACUGCCUACGUCCGGCCAAUGGAUGGUCAAGAUCAGGCACCGGAUGAGUCUCCAGAGCUGAAACCUCUUCCCAAGGAAUACCACGAACCGUCCUAUGGGAAGAUAACCACUUUAAAAGCAAAUGCCAAGACCAACUUACCCAAACUGAAAAUACCUGCUGAACCAAUUGAGCAAUCUUUCUCCAAUGAAGUCCAUUGUGUUGAAGAAAUUUUAAAGGAAAUGACCCAUUCAUGGCCACCUCUGUUGACAGCCAUCCAUACACCUAGCACAGCUGAGCCAUCAAAGUUUCCCUUUCCUGCAAAGGAAACCCAGCAUGGUGGAUCAGGAAUACAGAGCCAGAAGCAAUAUGAUGCACCUUCUAAGAGUGUUUCUACUUCUCAGCAAACACCAUCAACAUUGCGUGAGGAUCUUGAGAUCAGUGACAGUGAAGAUGGUGAUGAUGACCAAGUCAGUGUUUCCGAUAAGCCAUCUUCCUCAUCAACCCCUCCAAGUGCCCCACCAUCGCAGCCGGAGAGCGUGGCAUUGGCACAUUCCAGCAGCCCAGAGUCUGGGAGCACGAGCGAUUCAGACAGUUCCUCUGACUCUGAGAGUGAGAGCAGCUCCAGUGACAGUGAAGCAAAUGGUCCCCCAACAAGAACCUCCACACCUGAGCCCGAUCCACAAGCAUCCAACCGAUGGCAGCUGAAAAACUGGCUGAGACCCAAUGAAAGUGUGCUUGAGGAUGAACAUAGCAGGAGCAGCCUCCCGGAGGGCAAAGGACAAGAGAAAACUUUCAGCACUGGGAAUUGCAGCAGCAGUAGCAAGAGGGAAUGUCCCUCGCCAGCAGACAGUCACUCCAAAACUGGCAACAAACCUCCCCGGCCUGGCGCAGAGGUACACCUACCUACCAAGUGGAGCUCCCCAAAAUCUCCGGUGCACACAAAGGAGCCUUUCCACCAGACUGUGGGAAGCAAACAGCCCCGGAAAUCCAUCAAAACCACGGUAUCGGAGGAGCCAAAGAGAAGCUUGACAGUAGAAAGUGAGCCCCCUGGCCUAUACGGGGCCAAGGACCAAUCUUCCAAAGACAAGCCCAAAGUGAAAACAAAAGGGAGGCCCAAGCCAGGGGAGAAGAAGGAGCUCAGACCGACUGUGCCAGAGGCCUCGGAAAAAAAGAAGCACAAGAGUUUGCACCAGGCUACUGUUAAAACAUUUUCAAACCGUGAUGCUGCAAAAGACAAUGUGGUGGGCAGCACCCAGGGUCAGUUGCCCCUCAGCCCCUUAAGUGAAAGCCCCAGAGUUACUGCCACCAGCAGAAGUAGCAGUGGCACGAAACGCUCUGUUGUGGUAAGAGAGGACAUUCACAAAGACAAGUUGCUCUUGCCUAUCAGGGAUAAGAAGUUGCUCUCACCCUUAAGGGAUAGCUCCCUCCCUCCCUCACUUAUGGUUAAAAUUGAACUUGCUCUUCUCUCACGGAUCCCACAACCUCCUGGGAAGGGGACCGGUCCCGAAAGGCUCCAAGGCAGAGGGAGCCACAACACUAUGAGCAAGCAGGAUGUAAACAAGAGGAGCGUGGAUAUGCCAAGCAAGUGUCUCCAAAAGAGGAAGCAGGAAGAUCAUCAGAGAAAUGAUCAGAAAAAAGCCAGGCUGGAUAAAGAAACCAAAUCAUUCUCAUCAUCAGGUCACAAAGAUUCCAGUAAAAUCAAGAUUUCGAAGCCAUCCACAGAGACACAAAGAAAAGAGAUGCCACUGCCUCCACCUCCGCCCUUGUCUCCCAUUCAGCCUGCCCAAAAGCCAGCCAAGACGACUCACAAGAGGCCAAAGGGAGAGAGCAGUGCCUGCAGCCAGCCUUCCAAUCCCAUUCUCAGCACUGCCAAGAGCAAGGAAAGCCGCAAAGAUUUGUCAUCCUCCUCCAAACACAGGAGACUGGAGGGGAAGCCUUCCGAAAGCUCAAAAAGCAACAAAGGAUCUGCAGAGGAUGUUCCAAACCCUUUCCCAGUGCCUUCUUUGCCAAAUGGUACCUCCAAGCCAACAAAACCUCAAUGCAAGCCAUACAAACAAAAUCCAGCAGAAUUUCACUUAAAUGAAGCCAAAAGGUUGAAGCACAAAGCUGAUGCAAUGACAGAGAAAGUUGGGAAGGCCUUCAAGUACUUGGAUUCUGCCUUGUCCUUCAUUGAAUGUGGCAUUUCAUUGGAGUCUGAUCCUGUCUUACCAAAGCCAGCCUACAGCAUUUUUGCAGAUACCAUAGAACUCAUCAAGUUCAUAAUGACAUUAAAAUCCUUUGCGGACUCUUCAACAACCACGCCAGAAAAAAUCUUCAUUGUGUUUUGCAUGCGCUGCCAAGCCAUUCUGUACAUGGCCAUGUUUCGCUACAAAAAGGACACAGCAAUAAAGUAUUCGCGGACCCUUAAUGAACACUUCAAGAGUUCUUCAAAAAUAACUCAAGCACCUUCCCCAUGUGUCGCAAGGAGUACGGGCACGCCUUCUCCUCUUUCCCCGAUGCCCUCUCCAGCCGGCUCUGUAAGCUCCCAGACAGGCUCCACUGCCAGCAGCUGCGGGAGUGGUGGCAUUGGCUCUUCCAUCAACGUUCCUCCUUAUAUCCCAACCAUCACCUCUUCCUUUGUCAACAUCACUUCCUAUAUUCUCUAUGCCUAUGAUCUCUGGGAACAAGCUGAUGUUUUGGCCAAGAGGAAUAAGAAAUUUUUUUCUGAUCUCAACGCUGCCGCCUGCAACCUCUCACUGAACAGCAGUAUGAUCGAACUGGUACACUACACCCGGCAGGGUUUGCAGUGGCUGAGACUGGAACCAAAUACGCUUUAAUCGGUGCAUCGUGACAACCUUGCCUUGGAUUCUUUUGCACUUUGAAUGCCUCAAAAACAGCCUUAUUGGCGGACUGGUUGAGUACAAAAAAAAAGCACCUGGAACAAGGUAGAAUGAAGCAUGAUGGUAGAGAUCUGGUACCACUGGAAAACUUUUUUAAAGACUAUAUUUUUCUGGUGCCAAGUGGAGAAGAGGCCUCAAAGUGGAGGAUGCCUUCCUUUCUUUCUUUCAAUGGACAAAGUGCAAUUUUCUCUUCUUAUUUUUUGUUUUCUUUUUCUCCCCCAUCAUGGUUUCAUUGUGUCAAUGGUCUAAAAACAUUUCUACAAAUAAAUAACCAGCAAGACAAAAAAGAAAACCAACUAAGGAAUCAAUCUACAUGAAGAAGUGCCAGUGAGAAGGAAAUCUGCCUCCCAAAGAAUUUUCCGCAACACCUCAAUUGAUGUAAAGAUGUUUGUGGGCCCAGUGUAAGAUUAAUUCCCCACCACCGUACACUGUUUUUUGCUUUGAGGGAAAACCAAAAUGAAGUUUGUCAUAUGCCUUCUGGUUACAGGUGGGUGGGACGAACAGAGGGAACAGAAAGGAGGAAAGAGGAGACCUUCAUCAGCACAACUUGGCCUUCUGCCUGAAUGCAAGCUCCCGCUCCCCCUCUUUUCUUGGAUUUUUAAAUAUAAAAUGGCUCUCCACUUGCUACCUGUAGCUGUUUGUUGCACUAAUAAUGCCCCCUUUCCUGCUGGUUGAUGUGUGGCCCAUAGUAAGCCUAGCUGUGCUUCCCAGGGUUCCCCCUCUCUCUCUCUCUUCCUUCUUCCAUCUUUCUUACUCUUGCGUGGCAGCCACAGUGCAGCAGUCUCAGUUGUCCUGUUUUCCUUGAUAUUGCAUGUUCUUGGGAAGCAUGGACAGAUUUCACAAAGGGAAACAGGAAUGCUGGGCUGUCUGCCAGAAGCCACAUGGGCAGAACAUGAAGUGUAGGUGAUGUUAACCCCUCCCUUAAUGGGUCUGCAAGUUGCUGUGUGGGCUAGUUUGUCCUGCAAAUGAAUUGAGCAAUACUCCACUGAAGAACUGAACUGGAAUUGCUUGCAACUCACCGACAUGAAGUACUUAAAAAAAACAAACACUGUUCUUUCAUGUUUCCUAUUCCUGGUCCAUACAGUGGAGACAUCACAAAAUGUUUCAGUAAAAGGGUCUUAGUCCAGCAUACUUUAGGGUUGCAGGAGAUUUCUUUACAUAGGAAGAAGUCUUUAAGGCAGUGGUUCUCAACCUGUGGAUCUCGGACGUUUUGGCCUUCAACUCCCAGAAAUCUUAACAGCUGGUAAACUGGAUGGGAUUUCUGGGAGUUGUAGGCCAAAACACCUGGGGAACCAUAGGUUGUGAACCACUGCUCCAAGGCUUCCUUACGCCUUUAUAUUUGAAAGAAGCCUGACUGGACUACCAGAAAGGCCAAUACUAGCUGUCUAAUUUCAUGUUUCCAGUUUGGAUCCAUUAAAAAAAAAUGGGAGAAACAUUGGAGCUUGUCAUUGCAGUCCACUUUCUCUGAAAUUAUAGAUGGUGAUUUCCUUUGGCUGUUGCUGGGUUUCAAUUUAUGCUGGCAGGUGGAAGACCAGAUAUAUCUUCCUUUUAAAACAUUUCCAUUUCCCCAAACUGUUUUGAACCACCCCAUCUCCUGAUCUAAAGUAAGGAACCAGCAAUUUUCAUUGGUUGACCAGCAAAUUGUUUCCUCCUUCUACACAUUAUAGCUUUUCCAACAGAAGCGUGUGCCUUGAAGACUGCUACACUGCUGUCUUCUUUCCCUAAUUUAGAGUAAUACUGAUUAAAGAACUCAUUUGUUCCCUUCUCUCAGUGGUGCCUUAAACACUCCCAUCAGUUUCUGUCGUCAACUGACCAGUCAAGACAGAUCAAUGGGAAUAUCUUCCAAAUAAAUUGUUCUUGAGUAUGGUACCAGUUUUUUUGGUUUUUUUGCGUACUCCCAGGGUCUAUAUCUGGUCAUUCUUGUGUGGUCACCCCAUAUAAGAACAGAAUUUCCCUUUGUAUGAAAUUGAAGCUGUGCUCCUGUUUAGCAGGAUUGGUUCUGUACCUCUGGGAAUUGCUUAAAUGCAAUUCCGAAAGGUUAUCUUCCUCAUCUCAAGAUGAAUUUUUCUUGGAAUGUAUUCUAAGCGUAGCAUUAAGCAAGCAGGUCUUACAGAUGGUCUUGAGGAACAUUAAAGCCUUACGUAGGGUCCAUAAUGUUGUCUCCCUUUUUUGUAUAAUUGAAGUGCUGUGAAAAAAAAAUUAAAAUGCAGAGGACACAAUUUGAAGUGGCAAGCAUUCAAAAUAUUGCUUUCAUUCUGCUUUCCUCUUGUGCUGCAAUUCAUUUGCAUCAGGAACCAUAAUUGGAGAGAUGGCAUGAAAGAAUGAGAAGGCAUCAUUUCUUCUCUUUUACACCCAUUGGGUAGAGAGAGAUGGAUCUCUCCUCUCCAUCCCAGAGCUUUCCUUGUAUGUCAGUUUGUAAAACAGAGGUAUAAUGCAACUUGAAGUUGUAAACAGGAACUGAAAUCAGAAUCACUGUCAACAUUUAUUAGCCACAGACUGGGAAAAAGAGCAAUUUGGGAUGUUAGCCCUUCUACAUGGUUAAAUUUCUUCCAAGUCUUAUCAUGGUAUCAACUUGAAUGUUUUCAACCUCCUCGGUCUGGCAAAGAAGCCAGCAAACACUAAACCUGCUUUACCUUUUUCUUCUUUCAAAUCAGGUUCGCGGCUUUUCCCAGCCAACUGACCUCUGUGUAGUCUCAGGACUUUCCUUCUUCUCUUCACCCCACGCACCUUAUUGCUGCUGCUUUUGCUCUGUUAAAUUAUAUCUUGAAAUUAGCAAUCCCCAGUUGGCAAGGGACCCACUUUAUAGACUGCCUGUUGAGCACUUUACGCAAGUGAUAAUGAUGAUCUGUGAUGCUCCCUGUUCUAUCCUGUCAUCUGGUUCCCAAAUGGUGAUUGAGAUUCAGAUAGCAGCCUUUGUCUCAGCGCUGCUGGUUUUAUAUCCCUAUGGAGUGAUGCCAAAAUGAGCCAUCCCCAUGGGUUUAUCUGGAAACAAAAACAAAAUCAGUUUUGGUUGACGACCAGGAUGGCCUGGUCAAAAAAACAAACAAAAAAGCCAAGUUGGGAGCGCAGGAUCACUUUUAAUUUUUACAGGUGUUACAAUGACGCUCCUAAGAAAACCUUUUUCCUGUACAUUCUGCAAUUUCUUUUUAUUGUAUGUACAAUUACAACUAAGUAGUUGGUCAAUAGGGAUCAUGUUUAGAAAUCUCAUUCUUGGCUUUUCUUCCUCUUUGAGUUUUAUAUAACAAAAGACCAACUGAAUGAAUGAGAAAAACAGAACUUCGUCACUAAACUGGUACUCAAAACACUGAUGGAACUCCCACGACUUCUGAGCAGAGAUUUGGAGCUUUCUAUCCGAGGAGCAAGAAAUGAAUUGUUCUGCCAUUUUAAACACAGGUCAAUGGAGCUGAGCACUCAAAGCAGCCUCCUUCACCCGAUAUUUAUUUAGAAUUAUAAUUAAUGUAUUUAAAUUGUCAAUGUUCUAUAUGUCACAGAUGCUAUUAUUUAAUGAUUUUCAAGUUCCAUUGACACUGGAGACGUGGACUGAAAGCUAAAUUGAUGACAAUUUAAUUUUAAAAGGGCAAUUCCCCUUCCUCCCUCACCCUUCCCCUUACUGUUUCCUUGGUUUCUUUAUAUAUAAAAAAAUCUGUACAUUUAAAUUUAUUAUGGGGUGUUGUGUCUCCAUCUUGUAAAUAACAUUUUUUUCUUCCCUGUAUAUUGGUGGUAUUUCCAGGUUGAUUUGUUUAAUUCAUGUGGGGUAAUAAAAUAUUAAAUGAAAUGGC